AUGACACAAGAAAGUACGAUGAACGAUAUUUACCCACUAGCAGCACUGCUUAUAUAUGCAACAAACCAAAAGGUAACCAAGGAAAAGAUCAGCUCUGUGUUCAAGUUUCUUGGGUUAGAGAGCCAUCCGAAGAUCUGCGAGUUUUUUGAGGUGGAUGCAGUCGAGAUCAAGAAGCUGUUGAUGAGCAGCACCCAGGAGGCUGCAGCACCGGCAGGACCCCAAGAGCCAGCCGAGGCAUCUGGAGAUGCAGGGAAGAAGGAGGAGGUUGAAGAGGAGGAGAUUGAGAUCGACUUUGGGAUGUUCUGA